AUGGGUUCGGUUUCGGGUCAAACCCGAAUUGCUAUGAUGAAUCUCUCCCUCUCCACAGCUGAGAAAAAUCCUAAUUUUCGCUCAUCGCUUCUCAAUUCUAAGAACGCAAUUUCAGAUAGUUGUGGGGUCUCUUCCAAAUCCACUACAUUCCUCAGGGGUCAAUUUCAAAGUAUACAUUUUUCUUGGAUUCGCCACACUCGACCUUUGAAGAAACGGGCAGGCCACGUGGUGUCGCCGAUCUGCGUCUUGCCGUUAACGGAAGAGAGUGUAGAGAAAGUGCUAGACGAAGUACGGCCGUCGCUAAUGGCCGACGGAGGAAACGUGGCGCUUCACGAAAUCGACGGGCUUGUGGUGGUUCUAAAGCUGCAGGGAGCUUGCGGGUCGUGUCCUAGCUCAUCGAUGACGUUGAAGAUGGGAAUCGAGAGUCGUCUUCGAGACAAGAUCCCAGAAAUCAUGUCCGUCGAGCAGUUUCUCGAAGCUGAGACCGGAGGGUUAGAGCUAAACGACGAGAACAUCGAAAAGGUUCUCUCUGAGCUACGGCCGUACCUAUCCGGUACAGGAGGUGGAGGGCUUGAGCUGGUUGAGAUAGAUGGUUACAUAGUCAAGAUUAGGCUCAGUGGACCAGCUGCUGGAGUCAUGACCGUUCGUGUCGCGUUGACUCAGAAACUGAGGGAAUCAAUUCCUUCCAUCGGUGCAGUCCAGCUUCUAGAGUGA